AUGGUGUACGUUUAUUAUUUGCCGGAGGUUAAGGCUCUGGCCGUAAAGCUGUACAUGCGAAACAUCUCGAUCGAGGACAUCAAUAAUCUAGUUGAGGCAGAUAUAUUGGCCCGGUCCUUUAGACGAUGGUCAGAUUUAUUUAUUGCUACCUCCAGCGUUGUUCGUGAUCCAGCCCUUUAUGAACAGCGAGGCGCACCACUCCUCAUUACUUCCGAAGAGCGAGAAUUCAUACUAGACAUCCUUCGAGGCGACCCAACACUGUAUCUUGAUGAAAUCCAACGAGCCCUGGAAGAGCACUCAGGAUUCCCUGUCAGCCGAGCAACCAUCCAUCGUGACCUCCAUCUCAGACUCAAUCUCACCCACAAGGUUGCUCGCACUGUGCACCCGGGUCAGUGUCCCCUCAAGCGAGCUGCAUACUUCUGCAAAAUUGCCAACUUUCCGCCUGAGUUCCUUGUUUUUACCGAUGAGUCGGCAAUUUGCAGAGAUGCAUUGAUGCACAACAAAGGCUGGGCCCCUCAAGGCGAACGUACUGAACGUGUCCCUCGACGCAAUGAUGCCACCCGACUCUCGCUCUUGCCUGCCGUGUCUUUGGAUGGCAUACUCGGUAUGAUUGCACAGCCAGGCUCAAUUCAGCGACCCGAUUUUGAGUUCUUCCUUGAGCAAGUGCUGCUUCCUGCAAUGAAUCCCUUCCCCGGUCGUAAUAGUGUGCUCGUUUUGGACAACACCUCAAUACAUCACAAUGACUUUAACCCAAUCAAAAAAGUUUUUUUGGUGGUCAAGUCAAACUUGCGACGAGACCGCAUCUUAAAGGGAACCGAUGAAGAUGCAGAAAUCAUUAAGGAUUACGUUGGCGAUUUAGUCACACCUGAGUUAAUGCGGGCCGAGUUCCGAGGUUGUGGUUAUGUGUAG